AAUUUGUAAACAACAUAUUUUACUCAUGAAAUCAUGAAAAUCAAUGCGCGGUAAUUCUAAAUUCUAACCUAAAAUGAAGACCGAGGUAGAACUUCUGUCCUUCUUGGAUUUACUCGAUCUAGACGAAGAAGUAAUAGAUAAGCGUCUAGAGGGCUUGAUGCUUAAAAGCCAUUUUAGUAACGAGAAUUUAUCAAAUUUACUACAUCUGUUGCAAUACAAACAUCUCAUCAACACUAAGGAAGAUGCUGAAUGUGAGAAUGACCAAGAGAUUAGUAUGGUUAAUAAUCUCUUGUCGAACCUGACAGAAAGCAAUGUACAGGUAAUUGGAAAAGUAAUAUUUGCGAUAUUAACUCUUAGCCCGAGCACUAUAGUUGGCAAUGCAGAACACUUGCUACAACAAGUGCUAGCUGAUGUGUAUAUACCGACGAAAAUGUGUAACAGUGUUGACUAUGAAAUGGAAAGUCAUAAAAUUGAUUCAACACUUCUGAAAUUGAAGAUUUGCAAAUGUAUUCUUGAUGCUGUUAUUUACUGCAGACAAAAGUUAUUAAUGCCGUUUUUAGAGAUCUCCUUAGAACAUCUUAUAUAUUGUCAACAUGAGGAGCUUAACACAUUUUUUGUUACCAGUAUGAUACCACUGAUAUUUGAAGCUAUAACAGGCUACCACAUAUUAGACCGAAUAUGGAAUUUACUAAAACAAUCAACUGAUCAAUGCCAGAACUCCUUGAAAGUAUUGUGCUCUUUAUCAAAUUAUUACUUGCCAGUGAUAAACUAUGAGUCAAGUGUUAUAUACAGUUCAGAGUUUUGGGAUAUAAUUUUGUAUGGACUUUCAUCGGAAUGCUACAGAGGUAGAAAAUUUGCAAUGUACCUUUUUAAAAGGGCUUUGGACUGCUUAAUGAUUAGUAGGAAAGAUGUACAUGUUACAUCUGAAAGUGUUUUUAUAUGGAAGGCUUCUAAAAGAGAAGAACUACAUAAAAUUUGGAAUGACUUCUUUGUCCUAAUGGACAGUUUAGAAGAAAAGCAAAGUAAUAUUGUGCUUCCAUCUUUGGUUUUAAUUAACACAGUCAAGGGUGUGGGAUAUUGUUGGCUCAACUGUGCUUUUAAAAUUGGCCUCAGCCAUGACAAUGCUCAAGUAAGGUUUAAAUGUAUACAAUACAGGCUCCAUUAUCCAAUUCAUGACAUAAAUGAGGCUCAUUCAUUAUUAGAAGCUCUCAAUGACACAAAUCUUUUUGGUGAUCCAAAAGAAACCAGGUUACUUUGGAAUAAAAUGAAGACUAUACUGGAACACCCUGAUAGCCUCAUUAAUGUUCUAAAAACUAUGGCAAACAUAAAGUGGGCUCCAGUUCCUUUAUAUUACUUCACCAAAUUACUGGCAGAGCUAGAAAUUAAAUUGACUCCUGGCUGUUGCAAAAACAACCUUCAAAUUCUACAUCACUUAUUCAAGAUUUCAUGUACCAAUAUUGUUAUUAGGAGAGCAGUUUAUGCAAAUUUAUUCUCAUUUAUAAGAAAAUGUUGCCAUUUUAAAUUAGUUGAUUAUAUUAAAUUAUGUGGCAACUUACCACCAGAAAUUAUCCAAAACAUUCACUCACAAUGUGACGCAAACAAUUGUAUAAUGGCUGAUCUUACUUUAUCAGAAGAUGAGAAGAAACAUUCAUUAGAGCUAUUUGCUUCACAUUCAAACAUUGAUUUUGCAUUAAUAUAUUGUAAAAUAAAUCACAGUUCAGAUAUAAUGGACAUAAUUAACAAAGACAUUGAUAUAAUAAAAGAUAUUUGUGAGAGACAGUACAGCCAAAAAUCUGAUUGUAUUUCUCAAGUAUUAUAUUUAACAGAAUUUUGUAAAAGAAUGCAUAACAAACCCAUUCAAGGUUUUAAUGAAAUGAAAAACAGUAUAAGCAAAACAGUGUUAAAUUAUAUCAAAACUUUAAUAGCUUCUGAUACCAAUUUGGAUAUUGAAAUUCUUACAUUAUUAUAUGAAGGUCUGGAUAUUAUGAUGUCAAAUAUUAAAGAUGAAAAUAUUGAAACAUUAACACACAUAUUUAAAUAUGCAUUAUUAUUAUUAAAGGAUACAGAUGUAGAUUUAAACAAGAGGGCUUUGAGUAUUUCAACAAUUGCCUGUUUUUUGAAAAGUCCAAUAUUCAUGCAGUAUGUUUCAGAUUCAGAUUUAAUUACAGUCACAAUCAAUGGACUUCAAUUUAAUAACAAAGAAGGCAAUGAAAGCAUUGGUCGUCUAAAAAAUAUGUUUUAUGAAAAAACAAGUGAAAUAUUUUAUUUGAUACUGGAAAAUCAUAAUGUACCUAUAAACAAAGAUGUAAUCAACUUUAUUGAUGAUAUAUUUCAAAGUGGAGGCUACGGUUGCUUGAACUGGGUGCUUAAAAUUAUGAAUAAGUUGAUAAGAAAUAUUUUAGAACACAACAAACAAUAUGACAUAUCACAGUUUUUGAACAGAGCUUGGAUAGGAAUUGAGGAGCUAAAAACGAAUAGUCAAUAUGCUAUAUGUAUGAAAGAGUUCAUCUCUCUACUAAUGCACGAUGCUCUAUUAGAAAAAACAAUUUAUAAUAAUGUUAUACUAGCAUAUUGUACAAAAAUAAUAGAAUAUGGAGCUAUUAAAACUUUACCACUUUACUACCUCGUAAAUGAAAUUAAUUUGAAAGACAUGACUAUUUGCAGCCACAUAAUUUACAUUUUUACUGACAUAUUGCUAUACACUAUAGUGCCUAAAAAGGAGAAUAGGAUAUUAGAAAAUGUCAUAGAGGAAUUAUUAAGAGAUGCCCAGUACAACAUGAUAUGUAAAACAAAGGAUUUUCACUUUGCCUCUCAUAUUCGUUACCUAAGCUUACAAGCUUUGAGUAAAAUAAGAGAUACUGAAGUCCUAAAUAGCAUAAUUGAUUUUAUCCUAAAGAAGAUGGAUGAUAUGUUCAAAAAUAAACAAAGGUAUCAUGGAAACUCUCAAGUUCAUAGGACUGUGCAGGCUGCUCUCCAAAAUUUACUCUUCAUAACUUUGAAAAGUAGAUUAGUAGAUAUAAAUAAAAUUGGCCUGUGGUGUAUAGAGCUGCUGGGAAAACUACCACACCAACAGUUUGUUAGGACAUGCUUGGAGUGGUACAUUUCUCUCUAUUUUUAUAUUGAGGACAUAAAAUUGACCAAUAACAGUUUGAAAUUGAUGCAGGCAAAGAAUGUGCCAAUAACUUCACAGUUUUUGAUAUUAUAUUACGUUAUUAUGCAUAAGAUAAGAAAUGGUAGUGAUUACUUUGAAGAAUAUGAUUUUGUAAUGAGUACACUAUUAUCCCACACAAUGGGACCGACAUAUUCAACAAGAUUGUAUGCUCAAUACUUAGCAUAUCAACUGAAAGUGGCUAAUUCUGAAAAUAAAUCAAAAAAAUAUGAUUACAUAUUAGAAGUUAUUGAGCAGACCCUGAACAGUGCAUCAGCGGAGAAAGAUAAAACCUACCACAAACUACUUAAAGAUUAUUUUGUUCAUAAAUUUGAUAUAGUAGAAGAUUUAACGCCUUGGCGUAUUUUUCACUAUCUACCCACAACCGACAAUUUCAAUGAAAAUGUUGAUGAUGAGUUUUUUGAAGAUGUUAUGGAGAAAAUUAAUCUCAAUAUUGAAAAUGAAACGAAAGACUCCUUUUAUAAUGAAUGGAUCGCAUGUCGCAAGCCUAGUCUUGGAGACAAAUUUGAGCCUUCCCAAGCACUCAAUAUAUGCCCUGAAAAUAGUGAAGUUGGGACUAUUCAAAAGAAGUACAUACCCUGGAAGAAUAUGAGUGAUAUAAAUGUUUAUGGUGUAGAAGAAAAGAGAAAUAAAAGUGAUCUCAUUGUGGUAGCAUCUCUCAUCGAUAGACUUCCUAACCUGGGUGGAAUGGCUCGGACAAGUGAAGUGUUUGGCGUGCUGACUUACGUUGUUAACAGUUUGAGGCAUUUACAAGAUAAACAGUUCCAGGGAUUGAGUGUCUCAGCUGAGCGUUGGAUUGAUGUAGAAGAAGUUCGUCCUGGUCAGCCACUCAAAGAUUAUCUGAUGAUGAAGAAGACCGAAGGAUAUUCUAUAGUAGCAGCAGAGCAGACUUCAUCAAGCAAGUCUCUACAGACAUACAAAUUUCCUAAGAAGACCCUGUUGCUUUUAGGACAUGAAAAAGAAGGUGUACCCUGUAAUUUGUUGCCGUUAAUGGAUUCCUGUGUGGAAAUACCACAGCAGGGUGUCAUUAGAUCAUUGAAUGUGCAUGUUACGGCUGCCAUAUUUAUAUGGGAGUAUGCAAGACAAAAUAUGUUAUAGCUUACAUUUAAUGUAAUGUUUUGUGAGAA